AUGAAUAGAAUAAGACCAGAUAAUAAUAAAGCGCUCACUAUAGAGUAGAGCAAUAUUGUUACAAUUAAUUGUGAUGAUUCUAAUUUUAAUUUUUGGAAAGUAGAAAUAGACUUAUCGAAAAUAAAAACAAAAAUCGAAGAAAUCCAAGAGUUAACAGAUGAUCAAAAACUAUAAUAUAAGGAGAUAAUAAAUUGGUGCAAAAAUUGUAAUAGUAAUUUUGUUUAUAAAGUAUAAUAAAUUUAAUUUAGAUCGAAAUUUAAAGAGAAGCAUCUUACAAUUAUCUUUUAAAACAAUAUAAAGUGACAGAAACAGAGACCAUAAUUAUGGAUACUGAAGGAUGUUCUUAGGAUAAUAUUAAACAUUUUAAAUUUAAGAUUUAUAUGUAAAAUACAAAUUAUAAAUCUAAUGACAAUAGUGAAAUGUAAAGGAAUUACUUGAAAUAUUCAUCAUCCCCUUUGUUAAUACUAAGUAAUAAGAAAGAUUAUUAAAUUGUGGUACCAUUGAGCUUCGACCUCUCAACAGGAAUCUCUAAACAUAGAAAAAAAAAUCUAGUCUUAUAAAGAAGUUAAAACGAUGUAAUCCCUCUAAAUAUUAAAUGGAAAUAUGAUAAAGAAAAUUCUACAAUUAAAUUAAUCUUAAAAGCUAGCAAUGGUAUAAAUAAUGUUGCAAUUAAGGCAGUAUUAUACUCAAGAAUUAUUAUUAAAGAAAGUAAAGAUUAUGUUGCUUAAACUCAUAAGAUUUUAAAAGAAACCACAAGAGAAAUAGGAAAUGUUUCUGAUACUUCAAUUUCUCUUGAUCUUGAUAAAGGUGAGGAAAAAUAUCCACCUUUAUUUUUUGAAAAAAAUAUUAUAUCUCAUCAUAUUGUGAUAUUAACUAUAGAUUUUAAGAUCAAGAGUUUUAGUGAUUUAUUUAAGAAAAAUUUAUUUUAAAUUGAAAUUCCUGUAGAUUUAGACCCUAAAGAGGAAGCAGAUAUAAACCUAACUAAAUUAUAUCAAGAAAAAUAUUUUGAUAAUAUCAGGCUACUAAAAAAACCAUACUAAGAUUAUUAAAAAUACAUCUGA